CGUCAUCACCGCGCUCUACUCCGUGGUGUGCGUGGUGGGGCUGCUGGGCAACGUGCUGGUCAUGUACGGCAUCGUCAGGUACACCAAGAUGAAGACAGCCACUAACAUCUACAUCUUCAACCUGGCGCUGGCUGAUGCCCUGGCCACCAGCACCCUGCCCUUCCAGAGCGCCAAGUACCUCAUGGAGACCUGGCCCUUCGGGGAGCUGCUCUGCAAGGCUGUGCUCUCCAUCGACUACUACAACAUGUUCACCAGCAUCUUCACCCUCACCAUGAUGAGCGUGGACCGCUACAUCGCCGUGUGCCACCCUGUCAAGGCCCUGGACUUCCGCACGCCGGCCAAAGCCAAGAUCAUCAAUGUCUGCAUCUGGGUGCUCUCCUCCCUCAUCGGGGUGCCCAUCAUGGUCAUGGCAGUCACCAAGUCAAAAGAUGGUAUGGUCUUGUGCACUCUCCAGUUUCCUGAUCCUCCCAUCUACUGGGACACCGUGACCAAGAUAUGUGUCUUCAUCUUUGCCUUCCUGGUCCCCAUUUUGGUCAUCACCAUCUGCUAUGGGCUGAUGAUCCUUCGCCUGAAGAGUGUCCGGCUCCUCUCAGGCUCUAAAGAGAAGGAUCGCAACUUGCGGCGCAUCACACGCAUGGUGCUGGUGGUGGUGGCAGCCUUCAUCAUCUGCUGGACACCCAUCCACAUCUUCGUCAUCGUCUGGACGCUGGUGGACAUAGACAAGAAGAACCCCUACGUGGUGGCCAGCCUGCACUUCUGCAUCGCUCUGGGCUACACCAACAGCAGCCUCAACCCCGUCCUUUAUGCUUUCCUGGAUGAAAACUUCAAGAGGUGCUUCCGAGAGUUCUGCCUGCCCUUCCGAGCCCGUGUGGACCAGAACAGCUUCUCCCGUGCCAGGAACACCACGCGGGAGCACGUUUCCACCUGCACCCCUUCUGAAGCCCGCAACAAGCCGGCAUGACUAGACGUGGGCAGCCCCCAGCGGGGCUGCCGGGCACACGGGGGAGAUG